CGAUCGUUAAGAAACGAUCCAGCUUUUAGCAGGAUGAAAACAGCCUAUAACCUUUUUAAAAAUGCUGGCUCUUUGGGGGUUUUUUUAUUGGGUUGUUGGUUUUGUUUUGAUUUUAGGUUUACUGUAUUUGAUAUUUUAUGUGAACCGCCCUGAGACCUUCGGGUAUAGGGCGGUAUAGAAAACAAAUAAGUAGCCAGAGGGUUCUUCUCUGCGCCAUCAUGUAUGUAGAAGAUGUAUUGGAAACAGGCAGGCCUGUUAUUGCAACAGAAACAGCACAGCCAGGGCUAUAGCUCAGGGCCCCACUCUCUUGGGAGUCCCCCAAAAAUUUUAAAGGGAAAAAACUGGAUGUACAUUUCCAAAAUAUAAGAUUAAAAACAAAAAACCUACAUAAAGCAACAGCGUUUUGUGUUGUGUAGGCUCCUAUUUGUGAUGUGCAAAUGGCUUGAGAUACCUAUUAGGUCCAGCAUCUAUUCAACACAAAAAACAGCGACCAUUUGUUGUUGACAAAGGACAGCUGGACGUAGAAAGGGCCCCAUUACCUUCAGUAGCUUGGGGCCGCAUCAAACCUCAAUCCGGCCCUGACAGCACCUCACCAGCCCUUUCAUGAAAAGCAGAAAUUAAUGGGAUCCCUCAUCUCCCCUGUCCACCCCCACUCCCAAAUAAUAACAAGAAAGGGAACUGAAUUAUGACCCUUUGGGAAAUUGCCUUGGGCGGGGGGGGGGGGAUCCUAGUCCAGAUGCAACCCAGGCUGCCUGCCUGCCUCCUUUCCUCUGCUAUGUGUUUCUCCACCCUGAAUCUAUACUGGAAAAUGGGCGACCAUUUAGUUUUUUUGUAAGCAAUCUGUUCACUACAAACAGCCUUCCCAGGGGAGCCUCCUUUCCACUAAAAAGUGGGGUGGGGGUAUCAAAGAAGGAUCCUUUCUCCUCCCCCCAAGAUGAGCUGGAUUCCACACAUCCCAGCACACAGUUCAGAGGGGUGCGUCCCCCUCUCGGAAAUGGACUUAGAGUAAUCUAAAUUCCCCCUGUCCCAUCAGAGUUUGGACUUUUCCUCCCCUUCCUCCAGGAGCAUGACAUAUCCCCAACCCCCCCCCCAAAAAAAGUUCUCGCCUUUACAAAUUAAGUGGGGAUUCUCACAACAGUUGAGUUUGGCACAGACUUUCCCAUUCUCCCCUCUUGUAAUUCCAAACAAAGGUGCAUUUCUGGGGGGGGGAAUUAUUGCCAAGGGCAUUAAAAAUAUCGAGGGGCCCUGAAGUUCCGCUGAUUUGGGGUGGGUGUGCUGAGACCACUUUAAUGCAUCUGUCCCUGUUGUCUUUGUCCUGAGAGACACUUGGCGUGGUUCAGGGCUCCCCUUGCUGCCGCCAGGAGCAUCUUCUGAAUUGCUAUGCUGCAUUGCUCUAGCCUGCCGUCUGGCCUGUUCACACAGCGGCACCUGCAGGCUCCCUAGAGAGGAAGCCGGCAUGGACGGGGUGGUGCCCUGACCUGGGUGUAAGCUGGAACUGGUUGUGGGAAGUCCGGCAUCAUGCAUGGACCUUGAGCUCUAUACUCCAGAUGACAAGUUUGUGAUGAAACUCGACAGCGACGAGGCCUUGCUGGGGUCUUACCCCAUCGACGACGGGUGCAGGAUUCAUGUUAUUGACACGAGUGGUGCAACCAUCGGGGAAUAUGAAAAUGUGUCAAACGUGGAGAAAUUCGAGAUAACCGAUGAUGAAUACGACAAGCGAAGAGAUACAGCACGCUCCUUCAUGAAAACAAGUAAGCUGGGGCACUACAAUGCGGAAGAAAUGAUGAAGAAGGAAGCAGAGAGGGAGCAGAAGCUGGUGGAGGAGAAGGCCCUGGCGGAAGCCAUUUCCGUGGGGUCAAGGUGUGAGGUGCGGGCAGCAGGGCAGCCCAACAAACGAGGGACAGUGAUGUACGUUGGCUUAACGGAGUUCAAGCCUGGUUACUGGGUCGGCAUCAAGUAUGAUGAGCCUGUGGGGAAGCACGACGGAAGCGUCAACGGAAAGCAGUACUUUGAGUGCCAGCUCAAGUACGGCGCCUUCGUGAAGCCUCGCUUCGUCACCGUGGGGGAUUUCCCGGAAGUGGUGGACUAUGGCCUGGAUGACGAAAUGUGACGGGGAGAGGAAGAGGUGCAGGGGUGGCUGAAGGAAGCGGAGCGGGUCGCCAUGCGGCCUCUGUUAAUGGCUGGCUGUUGCGCUCUGAUCCCAUGUGCGAGGUCACUUGAGCAAGCCAAAGGGAGAAGGCGCGAAAAGCCGCUGUGUGUUCUUCGACUUGUGUUGGUGGUUUCCUUCCCCCCUUCCCUUUCUCCUGGUUGUGUCUCGUCUGUUCCGUGAAGAUGCUACAUCCCCAUGAUUUUUCUCACAUUCACACCCUUCUUUGCCGGCUCAGUUAACCCAGAGAAAACUGGAGUGCCCUUGCCUUGUUGUAGCAAUCCUUGAAGGGGUGGGGCCUGGGGGUGGCAGCAAAGUCGCUCCUGAUUCCCCCACCCCACGCCACCCCGGUAGUAAGGCCUGCUGGUUGCAGAAGCAGUUAGUUGAGCAGGAUGAAAAGAGAACCUCUGAGCAGAUUUGUACAAGACCCUUCCUGCUUUUUUUAAAGUAAAUGCAGACAUUUCUAUGACCAUGCAUUUUUUCCCCGUUGUGAAAAGUUGUUUUUGUUUUUUUUUUUGUGCUGCUGGCCGAUGCUAUGUGAAUACGAUAAAUUAAAAAAGUUGGUGGGAAUAUAUACAUUCCAGACACGA